AUGCCCGCUCGCGGCGCCCAUACUGCGCCCAAGUUUGACUCCACCAAGCCGGAAGAGCUCCGUCGUUACUUUGCUGACGUCGAGUACUUGAUGGGGCUAGCAAAUAUCACUACGACUGAGGAUAAGAAGAAAGCAUGCUCACGUUACCUUUCGGUCCAAGAUCAGGAGCUCGUUGAAGGUCUUGAUGAGUUCCAUGACGCGACGAAGACAUACGAUGAGUUUAAGAAAGCCGCGCUCUCGCACUACGCAGGAAACGAUGAAGAGCAUCUGUAUACGCUGAAAGACUGGGAUGCUCACCUCGGUAGCACCGCCCGCCGUCGGCAUCCACUCCGAGAACGAGCUCGCUGCAAACGGCUUUCCGAGACUGAACAGAGCCACGCAUUCUUGCGUGCUCUCCAGCCCGCCUCGCUCCAAGCGGCGGUGAAGCAACGACUCCAGAUUAUCCGCCCGAACGUCCACGCGGACGACCCGUAUGCGCUCGCCGACCUGUACGAUGCCGCCAAGUUCUGCCUUGCCGGCUCGCCGUCCCUGCUGUUGAACGCGGCACCAACCCCGAGCCCCGCUGAACCUGUGGUUAAAACGGACCCAGAGCUGAAGGCGGUGCUUACCUCUAUAAGUCAGCUUGUUGCCGUGCUCGCCAGUCAAGCACGCACCAAUGCUGCCCCCAGCCAAUUACCCCAGACACCCAGCAACGCCAACCCCUCCGCGAACCCCGGCCGCCCCUCCGGACAGCGCCACCCCGGCUGCAGCUAUUGCCUCGACCUCACCCACUUCAUGCGCGAGUGCCAGAAGUUGAUCGACGAUAUUAAAGCUGGAUUAGUUCGACGAAAUGAGGAGAACAAACUAGUCUUACCUGAUGGAAGGUAUCCCUCCCGUGCUCUUGCCGGCCAGUGCCUCCGAGAACGCAUUCUCGCGUGGCACGAGCAGAACCCCGGCCAGAAACUGACACCCCAGCUCAUCGUCGAUGUCAUUAACUUGAAGAAGCCCGCUACCCCCCAACCCAUUCCCGCAGUCGACUCCUUCGUCUUGAGCGACGAGCAACGGCUCGAAGCGAUCGCCAAGCAAAAGAAACGCCUGACUCGGGCGGAGAUCAGCGAUCACCGCCCGAAGGCCGAUCAGCGAUCUGCCUCCGCUGCCACGUCAAAGGCGGAUUCUCCUCCUCCCACCUCCCCCUCUCGCGAAGCCCCUGCCACGACACACGACCACGCGACCGCGGACGCGCCAACCGCCGCUGACCUCACACCACCUCCUGGUCCCUUCCCCGAGCACCCGUACGCCGCCGCUCGUGAUGCUGCUUACGCGCCGCCAAAAGAGCGCAAUGUUGGUGCUGCUCCCAAGCCACCCGUCCGCCCUCCGAUUCACGACCCGCGGAACGCGCAAGACGUGUUCAACGCGGUACUAGACGCCGACGUAACCGUCAAGGCACGCAAGCUACUGGCCAGCCCGGAAGUCUCGGCUCUGGCCCGCCAAUCGUUUACGCCCGCGCCGACCGGCCGACAAACCCGCAGAGAGCAACUCGUCAACGGUGAAGACCCGCUCCCUGCCUUUGCUACCCUCGACUCUGGCCUGCACGACGACGACCGCGCCGCGGCCCGAGCAGCCGCGAUCCUUGACUCUCGCUACCCGAUACAGUCACUGCUGCGGCCGCGAACAACACCGCGAAUGGCAUCUUUGUGCCGGACGCCGUUCGUGGCACUGUAUGACCAAGGCCGCCUGCCUGAAGGCCUUAUCACUUCCGCCGAAACCACCGCCAUCCGCUGCAUUCUGCCUAUAGUCGACAACCAAGAAUAUGUGGAGUCCAUCGUGGACCCCGGCUCGCAAAUCUGUGCGAUGUCGGAAGCUCUCUGCCACCGCCUCGCCCUCCAAUACGACCCAACGAUUGUGCUACAGAUGCAGUCGGCCAACGGAGCGAUUACCCCGUCGCUUGGUGUCGCUCGGAACGUCGCGUUCACCUUGCGCGACAUCGUGUUAUACCUCCAGGUCCAUAUUGUCCGAAACCCGGCCUACGACGUCCUGCUCGGGCGUCCUUUUGAUGUUCUCACGCAGUCUGUGGUCCACAACUACAGCAACAACGACCAGACCAUCACGAUCCGCGACCCCAACACCGGCCGAACCGCGACUGUCCCGACCAUCCCGCGUGGCUCAUCUCGAGUGACAAAGGAGGGUUUUCUCAAGCUCAAGUCUUCACGUAUGAAGCACUGA